UUCUGUGCUUUUCUUUUUCCAUUCUUCUUUUUCCUUCCUAUUUUCUUUCUUUCUUCUGCUUUUGUAUUUCUAUUGUACUUUUUCUGAUCUCUGCUUUCGUUUUUCUGUUCUAUUCAUUCUUUUUUCCUCACUUUUUUCCCCCAUUCCUUCUGUUCUGCUUUUGUUUUUAUAUUCAGUUUUUCUGUCAAUUCUGCUUUGAUCUUUUCACUCUACUUUUGUUUAUUUUUUCCGUUCUGGUCGCAUUUCAUAUAUUUUCAGCUUUUUUUUCUUGGAAUUCACUCUUUAUUCUCUAUUUUCCAAUCUGUUUUUAUUUUUCUGUUCUAUUCUUUUUCCUUUGUAUUCACUCUGUUGCAUUUAUCCAGCCUUUUUCUUAUUUGUCAAUUCGAGUUACGCUUUUGAAUUUUCUUAUUGUUUUGUCCAUUGCGUCUUUUGCUCGCUUUUCCAUUUCUUCUGCGUUUGUUUGACGACUUGUUCUGUAAUUUGCAUUUCUCGGCUGUCGUUUCCCAGUAUGCAAAUGAGUCGGUGACGCACAAGCAGCUCGUGCGCCUUGCUCCGCGCAAGUCACGUGGUCCCGUCACGUGGUCCCGACGCUGCGCCCGCGAGUGUCCUUGGAUUUAGAGGUGACGUCACCGUUCCUGUUUACUCGUCACCGUGGCGACGCCGCCGAGCUGAAACGAGCUGAGGCCGCCGCCCGAGUCACCCGCGACCCAGGACCUGGAACUGGACCUGGACCAGGACCUGGACCAGGACCAGUACCUGCGCUGCCGCCACCGGCGCGGCGAGCGGACAACGGCGACGAAGACGAGGUGGGGCAACUGAAGCGGGAUUCGCCAUGCUUCCGGCGCGCCGCGACGCACUGCUGCGGCAGAAGCGGGACGAGGCGCGGGAGCGCGCCGCCGACUGCGCCGCGGAGCGCCGGGCGGCGGGCGUCGUGAACUCGUGGCUGCGCGCCGCCGACGAUCGCCACGCGUGCCGAGCCGUGCGGCGGGAAGCGGACGACGUCCUGAUGCAGCGCGGCUUCUCCGUCCGGGAGCGCCGCGAAAGGCUCCGCGAGCUUCUGGACGAGGAGGAUCGACAGCUGGUCUCGGCGGCUCGCCGCGAGCGCGAGACGGCGGCGCAGAGGCAGGCGCGCGUGUGCGACCGCGCCAAAAGUCUGCAGGACGCCAGGGAGGCGCAGCGGAGACAACUGGUCGCGCAAAAGUUGGACCAGCAGUUCAGGGAGCAGUGCCAGGAGCUCCGUGAAGCGCAGAGCAAGCGGCAACUUUCGCAGGUUUGCGAGGAGCGAGGCGCGCAGCUGCGCAGCCAGCAGGAGGGCGCCCGCCUGCGGCGGCGCGAGGACGACGCCUUCCACCGGCUGUGGCAAGCCGACGCCCGCGCCAAGGAGGAGCGCGAGAGGCGCGAGGCGACCGACGCGCGGCGCUGCGGCCAGAUGCAAAUGGACUUCCUGUGCCGGCAGAUGGCAAAUAAAGACGAUUCGGAUUCGCGCGAGCGGCGGAGGCGGCAGGAGGAAGCGGGCCGGCAGGAACAGGAAAUGCAAGAUCUGCAGCAACGGGGACAGCGCCAGCGUCGGCUGCAGCAGGACGCCCAGGCGGCCCGGCGCCGCGCGCUGGACGACAGUUUGCGUCUAAAGAUGGAGCGUGUGGCGAAGGAGGAGCGGGACGAGCUCCAGAUGGACAACAGCAUCCUGCAGCAGAUGCUCCGGAGCGAGAGUCGAGCCCAGCAGGAGACCGCGCACAAGAGGGUGCCCCACCUUGUUCCCAGCAACGUGGACCUGAGGGACGAGCAGCUGCGCUUUCGUCAGUAUUUGGCCGAGCAGAGGAUGAAGCGCAAGAAGGACGAGGAGCAGAUGGAGCAAAUGAUGGCGGAAAAGAUGAACGAGACGUGGGACAGACGCGAACGGCAGAACCUCCUGCAGCGGGACGCCAGGAACCGACUGAUGAACGACGUCGUGGAGUCCCGACGACUGCAGACCGCGCAGAAACAGCAACGUGACCUUCAGAGGCGCGCAGACAUCGCCAAAGAGCGAGUGGAGCAGGACGCCGCCGCGCGGGACAUGAAGCGGGCCGACGAGGAGGCGUCGAAGAGGCAGCGUCAGGCGUACUUGGCGUACCAGGCGGAGCUGCGGGCGCAGAUGGAGCAGCGUCAGCAUCUGAGGCGGGAACGGGAGGAAGAGGAGUUCAGGAUGCAGCAGCGGCUGCAGCAGAUGGAGCGGCAAAAACUGCAGAAGAAAGAACAAGUCCUGGCCCGGCCCAACGACGGCGUCUCGCACCCGUUCAGGAGCGCGCUGGCCAGCGGCGCUCGGGAGCCUGCCGUGUUUUCACCGCAAAAUGGAGAAGAAUCGGGAUGAAAGCGAGCGAGCGUAUGUCGUCGUCGUCAUCGUUGAGGUUGUGAGAGUGAAGCUGAAAUCACUUCAUUCGGGGUGGCAAACUCUUCCAUCGCAAGCUGUAUUCGAGCUCAGACCAAAAUUAGACGUGGCUCCCCCCCGCAAAAUAUCAUUUGAUCAAUAACGGUAAAAAAAAAAUAAAAAUCAAUUAAUCAAAACAAUUUGAAUUUAGCAACUUUUUGAGGCGUGUCCAGUGCUGACAGAGCCACGCUUAAGAAGCUAUUUUCCAAAAGUUCCUCAGGAUUUGAAAUUUGAGGCAGCCAUAGUCAAGGCAAUCCUUAUUGGCACGGCAACGGCGCUGGCCCACUCCAACACACUUUUCAUAACGCCAACAACUUCCUGAAAAUGGUGUCGGCUGCACAAUUUCCGAUAAUUGGGGGAAACAAAGUUCGAACAAUCUAACAAUUUGCUUCCAGGCUCUUCAAUGAGGGGAUUUGGUCACGAGCUCAAAGCUAACACAAAAAAAAACACCAUUUGAUGAGCCAGCAGAAAUUGCCAUCGAACUCACGGCACUUAUCUCAAAAGAAUCAAUAUUGGUAUGCAAACUGUCAGUAUAAUAAUAUUCUCUGGCAUGUAUUCUUCAAACUGUGACAAACGAGUUCUAAUCUUGCUGGUUACAACGUUCUACUUUUUGUGUGUGUAUCUCAGUGUGAGGUUACUUGAUGUAACUAACCCAUUGGUUCAUCAUAAAUGGGUCAGUUUUCCCUCACACCUACUUUUGCUGAUUAUUGUUCUCUGGUUGAGCGAUAUCACUUGAUCAAGCCUUUUAUAACUCUUCCAUACUAGAAAAUAAGUAAAGUGUAUGAUUUUUGCUGAAAUCGGCAGACCAACCCCCGGUUUUCGCAGAAAAGGCUUCUUGCCAGCAUUCCCCACUUAUUACAGAAUAUUCUGGAUUUAAAAAAAAACACAUUUUGG